UUCCGACCCCAGAAAGGCGAUGAAAGCAGGGGAGAAAGAGGCCUCUCAGGGGGAGGAUGCAGCAGCCACCUUCGAGCCCUGCCCUCUGUCUGAAACUCCCGACAAGCCCAACUUCACGUGCUGCCUACACUCGCCGAGGCGCAAAGUGAAGCAGAGCGCUUCCCCGGUAGAGGUGGAGCUUCCUCGGAGCCCUGGGGGGGGGUUUUCCCCUUUGCCGCGUCCCGUCCCUCUUUCAUCGACAUUCUCUCAUCCCAGACCUCGCUAUGGCCUCGAUUCGGCACGUGUUAUGAGUCCGCGGCUGGGGCUACCGGCUGCUACGGGACAUCCCCUACUAUCGUGGAGUGGGGACACUGCCCUCGUGGCUUCAGCUGCUGUGCCGCCCUAUCCCAUCAAUGAGAACAGGUCGUCCACCACACACGAACUUGCUCUACUGCUUGCUAAGGCUGAGAGCCGCUGUGAGAGGUACAGUCGGCAGCUUGACGACUUCCAGGUGAGGGGGCGGCUCAGAGAUCCGUAUGCAUGCCUUGACAGGCCAUGGUCUGUGUCUUUUUAACAGGAGCAGUACGCUCUGACGUCUGCAAGGCUGCGACAAAGCGAAGAGGACCUCGAGACUUAGCGCUCCACUGAGAUCCGCGAGAGGUUCCGGUCAGCAUUCUCCCUUACCUCGCCUCCGAUUCGGGAAAUACCGACAAGCCCGGGCUACCAAUCACUUCCGCCAGUCGCACUUCGCCCUUUCUCGGGGGGACAAUUUCUUGGAGAACCUCCCAUUACUCGAGGCGCUGCUGCGACACUACUCGACACUGCGAGGUCUCCUGGAGACGGCCUGUCUAUCCCUUCUAUGCCGCCGCCUUCUAUUCCUGCAGCUGAAUCCGUUCACUGUCGAGACGAGUCUCCCUUGGAUGUGGAUAAGGAAAAAAAGAGAGACGCUGCUGAUGCUGGGGACAUGUAUCCCUCGCAGGCACCGCUGGCUGAUGUAAAUGCGCCCUCUCCCGAUUGGCGAGCGAGGACAGGGGACAUUCUCCAAGCUGGCGAGACACGGCAACAGGAGAGGAUAACCCCUCAAGACUACGAAG